AUGCGUCGCCUGGUGGCGCUAGUUUUGCUAAACACUGCCGUUGUUCACACGCAAUUCAAUUGCUCAUUGGCUCCCGAUCAUGAUCUCCAAUCGACAUGCAAAAUGCUCUACGACAUGGAUAGCAAUGCGCGCAAAAUGAUCCGCAAACGUCAGGCGUUCCAGCAAAACGUCGGUAGGGUUGCUCGUUUGGGCGAUGUUUCCAUUUUUCUGAUUCAUUUGAUUUUCGGUGCUCCCGGCGUCAAUGGUUUCGCGCCGGCAAAUCCGCCGCGUUUCGCGCCGUCGGCACAAGGAUGCAUGAAUAUCGCAUGCAUUUGCCCGUACAUGGGGGGUCGAAUGGGUGGCAACGGGUGCAUUCUGCCGAAUGGGCAGCCGUAUCUGAUGGCCUAUCGCAAGGAGUACAGAAUGAUGACGGAUAAUGAGAGGCAGCGAUGGCACAAUGCAGUCAUCGGACUUAAAAGAAGCGGCGAAUACGAUCGCCUCUCCGUCAUGCAUCGUCAAGUCGGCACCAAUUCCGGCGCCCAUUCGGGCCCUGGCUUUUUGGCGUGGCACCGCGAGUACGUCAAGCGUCUCGAAAUCGCGCUUCGAAUGAUCGAUCCGGGCAUCGCAAUGCCUUAUUGGGACAGCGUUCUCGAGUCCUACCUGCCCGAUCCAAGGGACUCGAUAAUGUUCUCGCCAAUGUUCAUGGGAAUGACCGAUGCUUCUGGCCAGCUGGUGAGCGGCCCGUUCGCCGGAUUCCGAACACUCGAAGGCCGCCCGAACAUCAUUCGGCGAAUGGCCACCGAGGGAAAAAUGUUCACCGAGCAGAACAUCAACAAUCUAAUGGGCCAGAAUGAUAUUAUCAGCAUUAUGGCGUUCACUGCACCACAAGCGGGUUGCCCGUUCAAGCCCUACUUUGGAGCUCUCGAGUACACUCACGCCUCGAUUCAUUUAUGGAUUGGAGGCGACAUGAAGCCGCCGAGCACGUCAGCAAACGAUCCGAUAUUCUUUCUGCAUCACACGUUUGUCGAUUUCAUUUGGGAGAUGUGGCGUCAGAAUCAUCAGAAUCGAUUCACCAGGGAGAAUCAAUACCCACCAGAUAUUGCGCAAUGCGCCAAUCCUCAACACUUCAGCUAUGCUCAAAUGAGACCUUGGGACAAAAUCAACCGCGAUGGACUAUCCAAUGCUUACACGGAUAAUUUGUAUAGGUACGCUCCGCGGCCCACUUGUAGCCGAAAUAACCCGAAUUGCGGCUCGCCUUAUCUAUUCUGCGAUCCACGUGGAAAUGCGCACUGUGUUGCCAAGAUUAAAGCCGGUGGACUUUGUCGUGGAUUCGAGGGACUCGAUGCUUGCUACAUGGGAACAUGCGUGGGCGGUUGGUGCCGCGCCGGCCAAUUCCAGCAGCCUCAAACAACAGCAUUGGCGAAUGUCGCUCAGCAGCCGGCCGCUGCCGCUCCGGCGACAGCUGCUCCGGCUCAGACGCGACCAGCGGCAACAUCAGCGACGUGCUACAAUGAAGAUCCGUGCUGCGCGCAAUGGGCCCGUCAGAACGAGUGUCGAACGAACACUGCGUACAUGAAUCGCUAUUGUCGCAAAUCUUGCGGACAAUGCGUGAGCGCCGACACGCAACGCGGCUGCCAUGAUCGCCACGUGUCAUGCGCCUAUUGGAAAAAUCAGCAGUUUUGCACGAGACGACGUCAAUGGAUGGCGGAAAAUUGUCAAGCGUCAUGCGGCUGGUGCGCGAUGAGCGAGCAGCAACUGUGCCAGUCAGUCGCGCGCGUUUCUCGCCGAGCUCGUCGUGGCGUCAGAUUCUGGGAAGCGAACAGCUUUGACGUCGAGGACUUCAUGCUCGACUACGGACGAUGA